AUGUUCGCCUGCACGAAGGUUCAAGCCAACGUCUUCGCCGUCAAGACGACGAAGACGGUUCGCCGAUCGACGGUGACCCGCGCGGAGGGCGAAGCCGCGAAGCCGGCGGCGAAGCCUCAGGUCGGCCCGCCUCGCGGGACCAUGGUGAAGAUCUUGCGCCCGGAAUCUUACUGGUUCAACGACUACGGCAAGGUGAUCUCCGUCGACCAAACCGGCGUGCGUUACCCGGUUGUCGUUCGCUUCGAAAAGGUCAACUAUGCGGGUGUUUCCACGAACAACUACGCGCUUGAUGAGGUUGAGUACUGA